CUCCGUGGAGCAAAGCGAGCGGCCAACGCGCGGCCAAAACUGAACUGUCAAGCUGUAACAGAGAGUCCUCUGCCGAGUACCAACCAGCUCGACAGAGACACCCGGAAGGCAGGAAAGUCAAUUUUGAGAGAGCAGCAUGAAUCGCUUUAAGACCUCCAAAUUCAAAAACACCACUCCGAAAAUUGCCAAGAAAGACGGAUGGAUCAACAAUGUCCGAGCUGGUUCCUUGUCCUGCCAGGGGAGCCACAUCAAAGCGAGCUCCAAGCUGGUGGCCUUCAACAGCGAGCAGGCUGGUGGAGGAAUGCUCGGCCUGUCCUCCGUCAAACCUGGUUCAGACGGCCAAUGGACGGUCACGCAGUUCUCCUGCCACUCUGAUCUGGUGACCGAUUUGGACUUUUCUCCUUUUGAUGAAAGCCUCCUGGCAACGUGCUCUGGAGAUGAAACGGUGAAGCUGUGGCGUUUGUGUGAUCCAGAGCAGCAGCAGCCCAGCUGUCCCGAGCUGACCUUGCGUCCCGGUCAGGGCCGGCUGGAGCUGGUGCUGUUCCACCCCACCUCUUCCGGCCUGCUGGCUGUGGGUGCUACCAAGUCCCCCCUGAUAUGGGACACCAGCCGCCAGGAUGCACCACUAGCAGUGCUGGAGCAGCACGGUGACCAGCUGCAGAGUCUGAGCUGGAAACGGGACGGCUCUCUGCUGGCUUCCUCCUGCAAGGACAAGAUGCUGCGAGUGUUUGACCCCAGAGCCCAGCUGACACCUGUUCAGAGUGCCAAGAGCCUUCAGAACAACAAGGACUCACGCAUCCUGUGGGCCAAAGACGACUUUUUACUCACCACCGGCUUUGAUAUGAUGCGUAGUCGGGAGGUCAGGCUUUGGGACAGCAGGAAGCUGAGCUCUUCGGUCAGCUCGACGUCACUCGGCAUCUCCAGCGGGAUGGUGAUCCCUCUGUUUGAUGAGGACACCGGUCUGCUCAUACUGGCUGGCAUGGGAGAAGCUGUGAUCGAUUGCCUCGAAGUGUCUGCGUCUGAGUUCACGCAAGUGAGCCACUGUCUGACGGACACCUCAUCACGCGGAGUUGCUUUGGUGCCUAAGCAUGCGUUGGAUGUCCUGUCCUGCGAGGUGAUGCGUGUCCUUCAGCUGACGGACAGCUGCAUUGUGCCGAUCAGCUAUCAAGUCCCUCGCAAGCAGUCAAGCCAGGAGUUUCAUGAAGAUCUUUACCCAGAUACAGUGGGCACGACUCCAGCCAUGACUGCUGAGGAGUGGUGGAAGGGAGGGAACAAGCAGGUGGAGAAAGUCAGCCUCCAGCCAGACAAGCUGCCCAAAUCAAAGGCUGCACCAGCAAAAAAGAAGGAGCUGACCAGCGGGGGGAGCAAGGAGGAUCCGGCCCGUGGCUGCUCCACCUCCAGUAGUCCUCUGAGCACUCCCAGCAGCAGCGCUGCCCCGUCCCGCUCUCCUUCCUCCACCUCCGGUCUCUCCUCAGGCUUCCUCCCCAGUCCCAGCCAGAGCACCAAGGCCAUCCAGAGCCUGCUGGGGCCGACCUCCAAGUUCCGUCACAUCCAGGGUGCGGUGAUGCACCGGGACACGCACAUCACCAACCUGCGAGGCCUCAACCUGACGACACCGGGCGAGUCUGACGGCUUCUGUGUCAACCGCCAACGCGUGGCAGUGCCCCUCGCUAUCUCCGGGGGCCAGAUCGCCGUCUGUGAGCGCUCUCAGCCUGGCAGGCUACCUGACACUGCACUGCCCACCGUCGAAAACUCUGUUAAUGUGGUGGACUUGUCUUGGGACCCCUUUAACGCACAGCGGCUUGUUGUGGCUGGUGACGAUGCAAAGAUCCGGGUGUGGCAGGUACCAGAGGGAGGGCUGAAAGAGACCCUGACUGAGCCUGAGGUCCUCUUGCAAGGCCACACGGAGAAGAUUUACUCCAUCGAGUUCCACCCUCUGGCCAGCGGACUCCUGGCAUCUUCAUCCUACGAUCUCACGGUCAGACUGUGGAACCUGGAGAACGGAGAACAGGUCAAACUCCUCACCGGACACCAGGACCAGAUCUUUUGCAUGGCGUGGAGCCCAGAUGGCAAGCUCCUGGCCACAGUGUGCAAAGAUGGGAAAGUUCGCAUCUACGACCCCCGCAAGUCUACUGCGCCUGUGCAGGAGGGCCCAGGUCCUGAGGGCCACAGGGGAGCCCGUGUGGUGUGGGUGUGUGAGGGCAAGUACCUGUUGGUGUCAGGAUUUGACAGUCGCAGUGAGAGAAUACUUUCCCUGUACUCUGCUGACUCCGUGUCCUCUGGAGCCAUAGCCUGCACCAGCAUAGACACCUCUCCCUCCACACUCAUCCCUUUCUACGACCCCGACACCAGCGUGGUCAUCCUCACUGCAAAAGGUGAUACAAGAGUGCACAUUUAUGAGAUUGUCGCUGAAGAUCCGUACUUCAUGGAGUGCAGCAGUUAUAACUCUCCUGAGCCACACAAGGGCUUGGCCUUCCUGCCCAAGUCAGAGUGCAAUGUGCGUGAUGUGGAGAUAGCUGUGGGACUCAUAAUCACCAAGACGGCUAUAGAGCCAGUGGCCUUCCGAGUGCCACGGGUCAAGAAAGAGUUUUUCCAGGAUGACGUGUACACCGACACCGCUGUCUGUUGGGAACCAGCACUGACGGCCUCUGCCUGGCUGUCGGGCUCCAACGGCCAACACAAAAAGAUCAGCCUGAAGCCUAAAGACAUGACGCCAGUGAGUGAGGCCCCCAAAGAGGCUCCAGUGAGGAAAUAUCUGCCCUCGUCAGUUUACCUGGAGGAGAAGACUGAUGAACAGAAGAAAGAGGAGCUGCUCAGCGCCAUGGUGGCUAAGUUGGGGAACAUGGACGAGCCGCUGCCACAGGAUUCCUUCCAGGGGGUCGACGAGGACGAGUGGGAUGACUAGAGCGGACGCCAUCUUGCCUUUGAUUCAAUCCUGGUGCCGACAGCAGAGAAGAGACAACUUAUCUACGGUCCUCGGAGCUUAAUCAGCGAACAUCUCAUCCUACGGCGCGCACAAAGAAUACUGUACAAUGUGAAAAUGAUAUGGCGGGGAAAAAAAUCACAAUAAUCUUAACACCCUCUGGUAUCAGUAUCCAUCACUAUAUCUGUAAAGGUUUGGGAAAUCAAAUGUCAUGUUGUCUAGUUUGGUGUUCAUCAUAUCCGACUGCAUGAAAUGUUAUAUGAAAAUCAUUUUUUGGUUGUAAUCUUUAAGAUUUAAGAUCAAAAUGAUGUCACACUAUUCAUGAUAUUUGGAAAGAAAUCCCACCAUUCCGGAUAAUACAACAGUAAAUAUGAGAAAAUAGUUCAUAGUUGAUUGAAAUCAUAAGUCAGGACACCUCAACACUGGUAAAGCAACCUUCUAAGUCAGGAUCAGUGGUUGUAACAGACCAAACUGAUCUUUUAUUUUUUUCUCUGAUAUGCAGCCAGGGUUUAAGCAUGGUAAAACACUCUGAGGUGUCCUUAUAUAUAAAUAAUAAUGGCCUCCUCUUGUGCCCAGUCUGUUAUUUUCUGCUAAGAUGCCAGGUUGUGUAUCGUUGCAUUGUGAGUGCACAUUUACCUCCAGCUGUGGACCACUGCUUGCUUCUUUCUUUGUUUUUCUACUGGCUAAUCAUUCGAGCGCGCUCAUUCACGAUGUGUCUUCGAAGGAUGUAAUGUUGUUAAUGAUCUCGUCGCGUGAGUGAAUCUCUCGUCUUCCUGUUCGAUCAGGUAAAAUGCACACACACACAGGAUUACUGUAACACGUUCAAGCCUUCAGCAGCAAAAACCACACUGAGGAUACAACAGGGUCACCAGUGUUCAUGUUUGGCCAUGAACUGGGAUUUCUUAUGACAACAUUAAGUUCCCUUUUUCUUUGUUAGCCAAUGAUAGAACAAAAUGCCAUUUUAACAAUAAUGUGUCAUUCAUAGAAUUGAUCAAAUGUUUUGCCAUGCGGUAGUCUUAUUAUAGUCUUAUAACGGUUAAAGGUUAAUGAAACUAAGAUGCCAAACCACCUCUUUUUUUUAGUUUUUAGAGGGGCCUUUGUAUACUCUAAGAUGAUUAUUUACUUUCUUUCUUUUCUUUUUAGCUGGGCAAUGUUUAAUCAUGAUCUUUGUUGCCAGACUGUUUGGGGAUAUUCCUCACUUAAAUGAGCUAAUUUUCUUAUCUAAUGUUAACUAGCAGUAAGUAAACACGGUGUUAUUAGCCAAUAACAGUACAGUAUUAAUAACUUGCAAAACAGCCAUAACAGGUGUCAUGUAAUCUCCAAUCAGGGCUACAGCAAUAAUCAAGUCUUGAACCCACCAACAACCGCUGAUGGACCAUCGAUUCAGCCGUGCGCGGCCAUGCACCUCGUGUUGAACAGGUGACCUGCAGGUGUCGUCUGUGUUUGUGUGAUGUACACUGUAUGUGCUUGUGAUUCUCAAACGCCAUACUUUGUAAUAUUCAGAUUGGAUUAGCUGCCUUCCAUUGUGUUAAAGAUAACUUUCCUUUUUAUACACUGAGUAGAGCAUUGUUGUUGUUUUGUCUGUCGUACUUGAGGAAUGGUUUGUGGAAUUUUUUUCAAUAUUGUCUCGCAAUAAAAACAUAUUUGAACCAAAUACUACUUUUCGUUUUGCAUUAUUGUCUCUUCGGUGGAGACGUUUGGCACAGAAAAUAAAUAAGUGCAUAACAAAAGAAUAAAUAUACAAACAAAUUGAUUGUGCUCUUUACUAUAUUGUGCAUAAUAUUGUUUAUAUUAAUGUUAUGAAAUACAUUCUUUUAUUAUAGUUUGAGGGUAACAUGUGGUCAGGGACGACGGAUGGAAAUGAGCCUUCUAAACUAACUUGCUCAGUGAUAAACUAAUAGAAUACAAUAAAGAGCUGUUAAAAUAAA